ACAAGCCGUCUCUCUACCGGUAGUGUUGAGUGAGUGGAUGAGUGAAUUGAGUGAUUGAUUGAUUGGCCGGCCGAUAACGAAGGUUGAUUAAGUGUCUAGACUUGAUUGGGUCAUUGAACUUUAAAGACGAAUAUUUUGGUAGAACGGCGCUGAUCCGACCCGAUUAUUAAGUACAUAUGUACUCAUAAAAGGGCGGGAAAGGAUCGAGCUGGCUAGAUUUGUACAUAGAUAGUCAACAGGAGAGGGCUUUUUUUUCCUGUUUUGGAUGCCGGGAAGUUGCUUUCGACUCUGUGGGUGGUGGCGCGGCGGGGGGACUACGCGCGGGAAGAGGAGGUUGAAGGAGUCGUCUGCCCAAUGCAGGCAGGCCGUGCCCGAAGAACGGGGAAGCUGUUCAGCCCCGACGAGCAUUGUUGCAAGUCUGCCACGUGGCAACAGCGGGUUGAAGCAGGUGAAGAAUGCAUCAGGAACGGUGCAAAGAGGAAGCGAGAAUAACGAAGAGUUAGGUAACGGGAGAGGAAGAGGAGGAGGAGGAGGAGAAGGAGGAGAAGGACGAGGAGGAGGACGCGAGAAUAACGAAGAGUUAGGUAGCGGGCGAGGAGGAGGAGGAGGAGGAGGAAAGCGCGAAAAGAAGUCGGUAAUGAGUUCUGCUGCGGAUAUGGCAGACUUCCACAACAUGGACAGAGAGACACUUGGCAAGAUGAGAGAAGUAGGAGAUGAAGUAACCCGAGGUGGAGAAACCGCAGGAACCGCCUCCUUGUCGUCGUCGUCAUCGUCCUCAUCCUCCUCCUUUUGUUCUGCUCUAUCGAGCGCGCGAUUGCAACGGCCUGGGAACACGUUGGAUGCUGACGUGUCGGGCUGUCUUGUCCGGAAUGAUGAUGUCAACGACGAAAGCAAUCGCGGCCUCAAAGACGGAAGGGAUCGCGACCUAAAUUCCCUCAGAGAUGGAGUCCCAGGGGGACAACAACUGGAGCAACACAAGUUGCUCGGUGAUGCAGCAGCAGUAGGAGGUAUCAGGACCGCCGGCGAACGAGUCGAACGAGGCAACGACGAUGGUGAAACGAUAUUGCUGAUCGGUGAAGAUGCUAUGAGGAAUAGCAAUAUGGGUGAAGAUGCUAUCAGGAAUAGCAAUUUCAUUAGCCGCCUUGACGACGACAGCCUAAUGCAGGUGUUGAGGUUGUUGGAGGCAGAAGAUCUGGCGCGAGCGACAGCUGUUUGUCGCACGUGGCGGCGAGUUGUGUUGAGUAUGGAGUUGUGGGCGAAGUUGUGCGGCAAUUUAAUCCUUCUGCCGAACAUCUUGAGGGUAGAGGACUGUAGUCACACGAGCAUGUCUGGGGCGUCGUCGCUCGACGAAGCCGAAGAUCUAAUCUCGAUGGACAUAGAUCAUCAUCAUCAUAAUCAUCAUCAUCAUCAUAAUCAUCAUCAUCAUCCUCAUCAUGAUUACUCGGAUCAUGGGGACGACGAAGAAGAUGAAUAUCAUGAACAUCAUCAACAUCAACAUCAACAGCAUCAUCAUCAUCAUCAUCAUCAUCAUGGCCAAGACAACGGUAAUCAACCAGAGGAAGACGAAGAGGAAGAGGGAGGAGGGAAUGGGGAGAAUGAAAGAGAAGGGGGGGUGCGGAGGCAGGUGCCACAUGGUCAACGUCGCUGUCAUCAUUCUGUGAAUUGCCAGCAUCAUGAGAAUGAGCACAGGCAGCGGGACAGGGAAAUGCAGAGCGAGGGGGGGGGGGAGGGGGGGGAGGAAGAUCCUCCUCCUCCUCCGCUGACCCCUGCCCGCCAGGAUGAUCAUGAAGAGACGGGGGAAGAGAGGAGGAGUGGAGAGGAAGGGAUAGAAAACGGAGCGGAGUGUCAUUGUCAUCAUCACCAUCAUCACCAUCAUUGCCAUCAAGACCAUCAUCAGCAGCAAGCACAAAACGACGAGGAAACUGAAGAAGAAAUGGAGGAGGAUGCAUUAGGAAACACUCGUCAUCACCAUCAUCACCAUCCUCUUCCUCCUGCUCAUCAUCAUCACCAUCAUCACCAUCAUCCUCCUCAUCUCCAUCAGCAUAACCAUCAUCAUCACCUUCAUCAUCACCAUUGCAAUCAUGAAUGCGCGCACGAUCAUUCUUAUCCUCACUCUUCUGACGAAGAGAGGGAGGAGUCCCCGCGGCGGCGGUCGCAGAGGGAAAGAGAAGAGGCGGAGCGAGAGGAGGGGGAGAAUGAGAGGGAGCCGGCUGCUGACCCAGACGGCGGCGAACAGAACCUAACGGCACCAAACGGAGCCAGACGGGAGAAUGAGAGAGUACCUAGGGAAGUUGACGACGUAGCGAUAGGGAGUCGACGGGACCCAGGCGGGCCCAUACGGACCCAGACGGAGCUACCAGGAGUCAAACGCACCCAGAGGGAGUCAAACGCACCCAGACGGACCCAAACGGACUCAAACGGAGCGAGCAGAGGGAGUCAAACGAACCCCCCAGACGGAGCCAGCGGAGGGAGUCGAACGAACCCAGACGGAGCCAGCAGAGGGAGUCAAACGGACCCAGACGGAGCCAGCAGAGGCAGGCAAACGGACCCAGACGGGUCGAAGGAGAGGUCGAGAGGGAAAGGGAUUGAGAAAGAUGCAAAUCAGCAGCAGCAGGAGGAGGAGGAGGAGGAGGAGGAGGGGAGAGGCAAGCGCGGGAAAGUGGAGAGAGAGGACUGGAUAGAGCCCUCUCCCAUGUCUAGAAUGUUCAGCUUCUUAUGCAGCCUGCUACCUCUUUCCUCUGACACACUCACCGAAUUUAGGCCCCUCGCAAAUCGCAUCCGUAAGGGCAUCUGGGCGUCCAGUACAGAUAACUACCCUGACGAGGGGGUGCAAACAACCCUAAGUCCAAUCAAGGCUGAUUAUUGGUCCUCCGCGGGUAGUAACGACCUCGAUGCCCCAGAGAACCUGUUGUAUGAGAUGAAGUCUCCCGUGUGCCUGAUCCAUCAGAUCUACGUGCGGCCGUUCCGAGCCGUCUUCCAGGAUGGCAAUCCCAUCUACUCGUCGAGAUCGGUGCGCUUCCACUUCGGAUACUCGCGGGAACUUCAGCGAAAGUUCGAAGAGAAAGCGCAGCUUGUGCACCCAGCUGUCAUACGUCGGGUGUUCCCUUCCUCCUCCUCCUGCUCUUCUUCGACAGCCACGAUUCGAAUGAAUGAUGGCCAAUCGAGCUGUGACAAAAAGAAGAAGGUGAUGGUGAACCGAGGAAGAGGAGGAGGAGGAGGAGGAGGGGGAAGAGGGGAUAGGGAGAAGGGGAAGGAGAAGGUGGAGGGGAAGGAGGGAGGAGGGGACGGGGGGGAUAGCGAUGAGGAGGAUCCUGAUGUAGUGGAUGACUUCGUCUGGACGUACACCUCACCGGUGUAUCCAAUGGAGCAGAGGGAUGCCUUGCAAUGCUUCCAGCUGCCAAAACCGGUGUUGUGUGUGGGGGGUCUGCUUCGUGUCGAGUUGAUGGGACGGGUCCAGGUUCAAGACAAUGAUCAGCUGUAUUACAUAUGUAUUGGGAAAGUAAUGGCCAGAGGGAGGAGUGUUGGUAGGCAUUGCAAGCACCUACUUAACAUUGUGUAAAUGUUCAAACGAUCACCUAACUGAUUCACAUACGCUUGAUUAAUGUGUAUUCUCUGCCUAUACAAACU